CAUUAGUCAUUAAUUUUAUCAAUGAAUCCAUAUUGAAUCUUAAAGCCAGUAUUGUUGUUUAUUGAAGGAUAAUUGUGGUAAAAGUUAUAAAUGACAGGCAGGCAAGAAUAAGUCUUACUUUGUGUAUUGAAUGUUUUAGAAAGUGACGAUUUUCAUAUUUGGAUUAUUUAUAGACAAAACUUAAAGUAGGCCUAAGGUAAGUUUGUAAAAAAAUUUUCUCUUAUAAAAAUAUCAAAAUUAAAAAGUUAUAUUAUUAUGAAGUCAAUAAUUCAAAUUUUUAUGAAUGAUUUAUGUAUUUUUAAAUGCAUGCAAUGAAGAGAGUAACAUGUUAUCUAAUUUGUAUUAAUAUCAUCAUCUACAUUCCAUUUUGAUAUUUCUAUAUUUUCCAAUGGGGAUAAAGUUACGUUAAAAUAAGAUCAUCAGCCUCAACCUAAUGAUAAAAUAAAAAAUAACUCAGAUAAAAAGAUUACUCAGAUAAAGAGAUAACUGUUAAAAUGUUUAACAUCACAAAAAUUCCAAGUAGGGACUGUGGGAAACCUUGUUCGUUCUCCAUAAAGUCAUUUUAGACAAAUCUUAUGAAAAGCCAAAAGUGUCCUGUUUCAAGUUCUCAUCUCCUCUCUUGUAAAUAGUUUAAAAUCCUGGCUACACAUGAAAUUAACAUUAAAUUACUGUACCAAAAGUAAGUUUCUAUUCUGUCACCAGAAUCACACAUUUUCUUUGCUGGGGUCGGAGUCAGAUAUUUGAGUCAAACAAUAAACAUUUUAAGUCUGAAUCGUAAGUCUGAAAUUAAAGAGAAAACUCAGCUGCAAUCAGGCUUUUUAAUUACCACAUUUUUUAUUGCUCUAUUUAAAGUGUCAUGGGACUGAAAGUAGAAAUCUGAAAAUGAAUUAUCUACACAGUUUUAAAAAUAAAACUUAAUAAUUUAUAUCAUAGCAAAAUAGUUAAAAUAACCACUAAACAUCAGUUCUCAUCAUUUACAUAAAUUUGUUACCUACUGAGGACAUGAGCAUCUUAAUCCUUGCAAUCUCUCUCGCUAUCAUUUCCCCCCCCCUCCGAGUGCUAAUAAAAAACAAUUUUAAACUAGCCAGAUUUAACCUGUGGAAUUGUAUUACCAUUUGUCUGCAUAUUCUGUAAAUUUGGUUUGAUUUCCCUUAAUGCUGUUAUUGUUUUAAGGUGGAAAAUUUAAGUAAUGGUGGGCUAAGUAUCAUCUUAUUAAGAUUACCUUAUGUCCCAGUUUGACCAGCAUUGUCCUGGUGUAGCAAUGCUGUCCUGGUGUCUCUGUUGGUUUGAUAUUCUGUUUCAGAAUCAAUCACAAUAUUUUAAAUCAAAAUUAAUUUUUCUUGUCUAUAUUAGAUAGUCUUUUACCCAUUGUUAAUAUGAAAACUUGGUUGGUAUCAAAUUCAAUAUUUAAUCUAACUAAGGGGCCGUCCAUAAAGUACGUCACGCUAUUUUUUAUUAUUUUUAACCCCCCCCCCCUCCGGGCACAAACUGCUCCAAAACCCCGACACACACCCCCCCCCCCCCCCCUAAAGUACGUCACACUUUCGGACCAAUUAAAAAAAAAUUAACACAUAAUUAAAAUUUAAUUUAAAACACACUUCACUAUUACACCGUAUUAAAAUUUCUACUUAAAAGAACUGUCACAUUAUUAAAAUUAAUUUAAUAGUAGAAUAGUUACUAGCACUCCUAGCGAGAGGAAUUGUGAAGCACACAUUCAGGAGAUACGCAUUCCAUGCUAUUUUGACAUAAAACUAAUUCAAAUGUUUCACAAAAAUUUUUAAAAAUAAUUUUAAAACCAAUAAAAUCCAACAAAAAAAAAAAAAAAAAAAUGUGUGACGUCACACAUGGCCUGACCCCCCUCCCCCCGUCACAAACUGUCACACUUUCUUAAACCCCUCCCCCCCCUCUGGAGCAUGACGUACUUUAUGGACGGCCCCUAAUCCAAAGUUUUAUAUAUAAAAAUUGCCUAGUUCUAAAUCUAAGCUUGUUUUAUGCAACAUUAGUUUGUUUAUGAAUAAUCCUACAUGUACAUUUGAAGUCUAUUUUGAAAUAAGAGAAGGUAGAAUUAAUAUUAUAGAUUUUACAGUCAGUAAUAUUUCCACUGAUAUAAUAAAUUCCCUAUUUAAAAAGGAUUUUGGACAAAAGGAACAAAGACAUUUCUUAGAAAGUAGAAUUAAGUGAGAAAUAUGAAAGUAUGAAUAUUCCUUCUCUCCCCAAAUACUCAACAUACACAAUGUGGCUUUUUAGACUUUGCAUGAAACCUUAAGUAAAUGCUGUAUGGGGUGAACUCCCGAAAUCGUGCCUCCUACUCACACCCAUUAUUUAAUGUUUGAAUAAUCAUAAACAAUAGUGCUGUCCAUAUGGCAGUGGCACCGUCACCCCCAUACAAACUUUACUAGUAAAAUUUACUCUCAUAGGUCCUAGUUUUAACCUUAAAAAUAUUGGUAAACCUAAUCUUUUGCAGCAUUUUUAAAAAAUGAACUCACUCCAUAAUUACAUUUGUAGAAACUGAAUGAAACAAAACACCACAAAAUAUCUAGAUUCAUGUUAUAUCCCCACACUGAACCAGUUUUUUGCUCAGUUUAUUUGCCACCAUCUGUUAAUUUUUGGUUUUUGUUUUAAAGGAAAAUGUGAGAAUACCAGGAAAUGUGAAGCCUGAGCCAUCAUUGAGGAUGUCUCCAGACAAGAAUCUGAUGCAAACAGACAAUCCUUUUACACCACAAUAUGCACUUUCACUGCUACCAGAACAUAGGCAACCCAUGCAGAUCCCAAGCAAUUCUGUACCCCCAGGGGAAAAUUCUAAUGGUGACCAAUCAUCUGAUAAAAAUACUGGCCUCUCCACUGAUGAUCCAAUAGACAGCGAAAGUGUCAAAGGAAUAUUUGGUUGGGAAACUGUUGAUGAUACCAGUAUUCCUUACAUUUUAAGGAAGACAAAAAAAUUUGUCUCUGUGCGCAUUGUGGAGCGCAAGUUACUAAGCAAAUACCCCAAUACUUUUCCAGAUGAACUGGGUAAGAAAGACCCGCUUGUUAGUUAUUUCAUCACAGAUGCUGAGGCCAAGUUGUUAAAUGAGAUCAACACUGCUCAUUGUGAUUAUGAGUAUGGGCACAACCCAUUUACAACAAAGGACCUAAUUGUUGAUUUGGAAGAAUUCGAAGAGUUCUUUAAAAUUGUCAAGAAAACAUUCCCAGCUGAUGUAUUAGCAAAAAUAGGUGGGGAGCUAACCCCACCAGCCAUGACUCCUCCAGUCAAACCAGAAUUGUCCAAUUCCUGUGGAUGGAUGCAGAUAAAUAAUACAGUCUCACCAUACAUAUUACGACAAGAAGGUGGCAAGCAAGUGAAGCUAGUGCCACUUUCAGUGAUUGUUUAUGCUGCUGGGUUAUUAACCAAUUCUAGUGUUGAUGGCUUACUACCCACACCACAAGAAUGUGCUUUGUUAAAUGAGGCAUGCAAGGCAGCAGGCUUUGAUUUCAAUUUUGGCAAGAACACCCGUCUCAUAUCCAUAAAUGAAGUAAUUCAUAGGUGUCAAGUUCAGCUGUUUGAACUGCCAUUCAAAAAUCCUCUUCAGCAUGCUCGAUACCUAGAUCCAAGAACUGGACAACCAUCUUCUAACCCAUUGGUGUCAUCACAACCUGUUGUUACAACAUCAUCUGUAAGUCAGCAUUCAUCAGCACGAGCUUUGCCGACUCACCAUACUAAUAUGGAAUUUAUCCCUGGCUCUCAUCCUGAAAUGAAUCCGUUUUUUUCUAUUUUCCAACGUCCAGGUUUUCCUCCAUCAACUAUGACCAUGAAUAAUGCUCUACAAAAUUAUAACCCAGCUAUGCUUCGUCCACCAUUUGGAAUGGGUAUUGAUCCUUCAAGACUACCCUCUCAGCGAUCUCAUAUGAUGUCGGACAAGAACAUCGACAACAGUUCAUCAAUGGCACAGUCCAUGCCGGGUUCACCGUGGCCUAUUAUGACAAGAGCUCCACCUCCAGCGCACACAAACAAUUUAUCAAACACUUUACUGAGAUCAAAAACUCCACCAAUAUCACAGGAACCUCCAAUAUCAUCAGCUUAUCAGCAGCUUUCCAGUCUUCCUUCAAAUCAUUUACAACACUCUAAGUAUUCUCCAUCCAUGCCAGACCUUAACCAUCCUAUCUACAGAGUUUCUCCCUCUAUGUCACAGAGACCUCCUAGUACCCAAAUCUUGCAGAAGGAUAGCCCAAGUCACAUGGUGAGAUACCCACCUCCUAUCACGGGUUUGCCUCCUUCACCCUCUCAGUAUUCAGCCCCACCAUUUUCAUUUGGAGUAAACCAGUUUGACAGUUCAUUAUUUGCUAGAACCGAUAUUCACGAGAUGAGACAUGCCAGAGACACUGUAGGCUCUAACCAGCCUACGUCUAGGAGGCGGAGCAGUGAAUCCCCACAAAAUGCAGGGCCACACUUAACCAACAUCGUUCAUCAAAUUACUAAUGCUGCAAGGCAAAGUGCUGAUCAGACCUUACACUUAAUGUCAACAUCACCAGGAUCUUAUGCUAGCAAUAACAACCACCAAAAGGCUGAUUUGUCACAGAUGAUCUCUGCCUGUCUAGUGAAUGGCAAAAGCAUAUCAUGCCUUAAUGUCAAGUCUGCACAUCGCACUGGGAGUUACUGUUUGGUUGAGGCAGUUUCAAAGCUUUACUUCCCUACUGUCCCUCUUGCUGAGUUUGUCAAAGUUCUUCAGUAUGUUCUGAAGGUGAAUCUCUAUGAAUGCACAGCAGAGGAGGAAGCUGCCUUUGUCCAUUAUUACAAUCUUCCAGUUUCUAAACUAAAAUGCAACAAAAUUAUUAAAGUUGAUGAUCUGGAAAACUACUUUCCUCAGCUGAAUUAUAUGUUCUCAAAAUGCCAACCAGACAAGGGUCAUUUGUCUGCAAAGCCCACUACUCAUUCUGCACAGAAAAGACAUUCUACCUCACCCCUUUCACUCCACGCCCACAAAAGAAGCACAACUUCACCUUUAGUGGGUCCACCUGUCAACCUCAUUUCACCUAAGCAGGAAAAUAGCAGUUCAAAUUAUGGGAGUCAGUCUGUAUCAUCAUCAAAUGGAGGUAAUUUAACUAGGUGCUAAGCAUAAAUCACAACUACUGUUAUAGAUUUAACAUUGGCCAGUUAAAUAUUUUUUAGAUAUUUCAUCUGCCUGCAAAUUGUGUGCUUGUUAUCCAAUGCGUGGAAAGCUCAAAAUAAAAUGAACAUGGCCAAGAACUUAACAAAAUUGCUUCCUUUGUUGAAACUAUUAUAAUGGGCGUAACCUAACACACACACUAAAAAAAGGAUAGGAUAGAUUGUAUGCAGGUUUUUUUUGUUUUUGUGUGUGUGGUGUUUUGGGGGUGGGGGGGGGGUUGGGCUCAUGCAAAGAAACUAGCAUGGGUCUUAUUCUUCUAGCAUUGAUGCAUUAUCAUACAUGAUUGAAACUAUUAUAAUGGGCGUAACCUAACACACACACUAAAAAAAGGAUAGGAUAGAUUGUAUGCAGGUUUUUUUUGUUUUUGUGUGUGUGGUGUUUUGGGGGUGGGGGGGGGGGUUGGGCUCAUGCAAAGAAACUAGCAUGGGUCUUAUUCUUCUAGCAUUGAUGCAUUAUCAUACAUGAUAAGGAAAGACCUAGUUUUAGAUUUGUCUCUCCUUCUCAUCUCUCAUCUAUUCUUCUUAGGAAGUGAAAGACGAGCUGAUACUUCCAGUUUUUAAAAAAAGUAGAUUGGCAGUACUUAUGCAAGGUUAUACUAUUGUUAGUAUUGUAGUAAAUUAAGUAUGUUAUUUUAAAUUAAAAAGAACUUUUUACUUUGUUGGUUAAAUUAAAUUUAUACUCAAAGAAAAAUAUUGAUGAAAUGCAACAGAGAAACUAUUACAAAUAUUAAGGGGAUUAAAAUAAUUGGAUAGUAAUUAAAUUUAGUUUUAGUGCAACUAUGAAAAAAUGUUUUUAUUAAUUUAUUAUGUGAAAACAGAAAUAUAAUCCUACAGCAAAUUUAUAUAUCUAUUACUACACUUUUUCUUUUUUUUCAGGUGGCACAUCCAGAAAUGGUGCUAAUGAAGCUCCUGUUAUUGUCAUUGAUGAUUAAUAAAUCAUCACAAUUUAAUUGGAAGAACUCCUCCUUUGAAAGGACAAGUUUCAAAACAAGAUAUUCUGUUCACACUUUUCCUUGAUCAUAUUAUUGUUACAAAAUUGCAUACUUUAGUUUGUUCACAUAAACAAAAGCCUCUGAAAUAAUAUAUGUUCUUU